AGCGAGGAUAAAAUCGUACCGUCUUAGCUCGUGUGUGGUGAUCAAGGCCAGUCCAAAAAUCAUUUUGCAUCAUUUCACUGCAAACUGUUUCACAUACAUAUUUCAUCUUGAAAUAAUGCAUAUUGCGGUGGCCCAAGAAAAAAUCCAGUUUUAUGGAAGCAAACAUAAGUUUAUCACAAUUUAAUGCAAAUAUUGACAUCGCUGAUAACCCACUGACGAUGUUCUGCUUUGGUCUCAAAUUAGAAUAUUUAAGCCGCAUUAAACAAUUCCUAGUGAAGUUGAUUAGAUGGCAAGUGAAAGUGAUCAGCCAGACGAACUCCAAUCGCUUGCCAUGGAGGAGAAAAUCGACAUCGAAGACUUAACUUUGGUAGUGGAACGGAAGGUACAGCACAAGGACUUCACCAUCCGAACUCACAGUCUGGACUACAUGAGCGAAAGAAUUGGACUUGAUGGUGACCACGCCCUCCUCACCAUCACCAUCUUCAACACCAUUAAAGAAGUUGAAGAAGCUUUAAGCUUCUUCGUCAAACUGAUUCCCAAAGGCGAGUCCCUUGCUGGAGGAAUGCAGGAGGAAUUCAGUUACGGCUUGUUUAAAGAGUUUGAAAAAGUCGGUAUUUCCCUCAUUCAUCAAUGUGUCCCUAGGUGUCUUCUGGUGAGACCCAGUAGCUAUUUAGUUCUGGAAAAUCUGCAGCUGGGCAGCUAUGCACUUCUUGAUAAAGCCCAGUUGCUAACCUAUGAGCAAGUUACAGCAGUGUUGCAGUCGCUAGCUAAGCUACACGCCAGUAGUCUUAUUUACGAGGAAACCCUCUCCACGAGCUUGUCGGCUAAUAGGAAUGAGGACAUUUUUCGAGACAGAUUAUUCAGCGACAGUGCAAGCCUGGACAGUUCCUUAAAAUGCAUCCUGACAGAAAUUGAGCUUUUCCAACUUCCAGCAGAGCUAAAGGGAGGAAAACCAGCAGCGGAAGCCAUCAAGGAGCUGUUGAGCAAGCUCACCCAAAUGGUUGAACCUUCUGGCAAAUUCAGGAAAGUUUUCUGCCACGGGGAUUUAUGGGCGGCAAAUUUCCUGCUGCAACCCGGCAAUCCCACCCAGUGUAAAUUCGUGAACUUUCAAAUGUGCCGCUACCUCCCACCUGCGCACGAUGUGAUGGGUUUGCUCUUUCGAAACACCUCUCGCGAGUUCCGCAAAAAUCACCUUUACGAGCUAGUCGGCAUCUACUACAGCUACAUGGAAAAGAUCCUGAAAAUCUUCGACUACAAGCUCACUGAGCUCAUCUCGUUCUCGGACUUUCUGGAUUCCUGCGAGGAGCAGAAACUUGUUGCGGUACUGAUCACUGCCCUCAUGCUUCCAUUGGUUUUAAGUCAGGGGGAGAAGUUUUCAGAAGGUCAGUUUAAAGAAGAUAGAAGCCACUUGGUUUUGGAUUUAGUGGAAGAUGAGGCUAUUUUGAGUCGAUUGAGGGAAUCCAUUGAGGACUUGUUGGAGGAGUGCGAUAAAGUGAGGUGACUGAUUUCGGUUGUAUGAUCUGAAUGUCAACUGUCACAAAAACUGAACAUUGUCCCUGUUCCGAGGUUAGUGAAGGAAUAACGUCAAAACGUCAUCAGUUUAGAUGACCGAAAACGUCAAACUGUUGUUGUCCAUCAUGUAGCUGUCAAUUAUACCACAAAAUAUUUUUUAAAUGGUGAGUAAUAAGAGGCAGUAGCUUAAAAACCAGUAAUUUUUGGUAGAAGCUAUUGUAUAUAAUUUCCGUGCAGUUCUUGCGCGUCUUCAACUUCAGCUAUUGACCAAAAUGGUUAAAUUUUUAUUGUUGAUGUUGGUUAUUCAGUAUAAGGGCAAAGGAUGUGACCAGAUGCAGUAGUUUUAGUUAAGUUUCUUGAUGUUAAUUGAAUAUUUUAUUAAAUAUUGCUUUCUCUUUGUU